AUGAGCAGCCCCAAAGGGAAGCCCCUGCCUCCUGGUGAGGAGGAGCGCAACAACGUCCUCAGGCAGAUGAAGGUGCGGACCACGCUGAAGGGGGACAAGAGCUGGAUUGCCAAGCACGAUGAGUCAGAGGGGCGUACCAUAGAACCACCUUCCAGCCGGAGCCGUGCCACCUCCUUUUCGUCCCCUGGGGAGGCCCAGAAGUCCAGGCCUCCAAACACACGGGCUCCCGUGGGCUACAUCAUCAGGGGAGUGUUCACCAAGCCCAUCGACAGCUCGUCCCAGUCCCAGCAGUUCUUCCCCAAAGCCAAUGGAGUGCCUAAAAGUGCCGCCAGUCCGGUGAGAACGGCUAGCACUGGGCCUCCCUGGCCCUCGUCCUCUGGCUACAAGAUGACCACCGAGGAUUACAAGAAGCUGGCCCCCUACAAUGUCAGGCGCAGCUCAGCAGGCAUGGCUGAGGAGGAGGAAAUGCCCUUCUCGUCUGAUGAGCAGAAAAGGAGGUCUGAGGCUGCAAGCAGUGUGGUCAGGAGGACAGCUUCCCGGGAGCACUCCUAUGUCCUGUCGGCAGCCAAGAAGAGCGCUGGCCCUACCCAGGAGCCGCAGGCCCCAUUCAUUGCUAAGCGGGUGGAGGUUGUGGAUGAGGAUGGGACUUCUGAGAAGAGCCGGGACCCACCUGCUCUGGCCACAGCCACUUCCAGCCUGAAUAGCACGGAUGGAGGCAGGACCAAAGGAUCACAGGCUUUUUGGAUGGAAUGCGUGCCAGGCCCGCCUAGCCCAGCUGGGAGCCCAGAGCACAGCAGGAAAGGAGAGGACAUUGUCAACCUGCAGAUCAUGACGUCCACGGUGGGACCCCGCCUGGUCGCCCCAGACCUGGAAGGACCGAGGUCUCCCCCAGCUCACAAAGACAAGGAAGCCCCCAGCCCCAGAGAGCCCAAAAGGGACUUGGCUAGUGAGGGGGCUUUCAAGGCCCCUGACCCGGACUCUGAAAGGUAUAGCACACAGCUGAGUGACAGCCACUUGGGAUCAGCAGCCCCGGGCUCUAUACCUGGAGGCUGGGCUGGAGCAGACAGCGGCUCUGGGAGAGGAGGCUCCUCCGGAGCAGCUACAAGGUCCCACUCACAGGUGGAGGCCCAGCGCCCACCUGGGGCUGGCAUGGAGCAGAAACCCCACAUCCCCCCUGCCUCUGCCCCUGCCCCAGCCAGCUCUGCCCUGAGGUCCAGCAAGAGAAAAAGCAGCAGCCCUGAUGUACAGGUAGUCCCCGCCUUGCAGCGGGCCUCCGUCUGGCGACCCCAUCGGAGGUCGGUUCUAACGCUGUGCUCGGCUGCUCCCUUUGUCCCUCUCCUGGAUGACUGGGCUAUGCAUGGUGCCAGCUCUCAGUGCCACAAGCCUGGACUCAUGGCCGCCAGUUCCAGCACACCUUCGGCUUCUGCUGGCCUGCCUGAAGGGAAGAGCACAUGGCCCACAGAUCUGGAGGAUGCGAAGACAGACGUGAAGAGCCUGCGGCCGUCGUGUAUGCGCUUGCGCGCACCGCCAUUUCCUGUGCCGCGGGCUCGGCGCAGUGCCUGCCGGGAUAUGCGACGGUCAAUACAACGAAAUGGCCGUCCCUGGCCUCUCGAGCGCUUUUCCUGCGGCCGUGCCGGAGCUGGCCGCCAGAUGGCGCGCCAGGAUUACAAAUGGGCCCUGCCUGCUCCCCAGAGUUGCCCCCAGCCCGCGCCCCGACAGGGCUUCUGUGGCCGGGGCUGGCCCUGCAGCCUGCCUUUUGGAUCAAUGCUGGUCCAAGACCGGUUCGCGAGCUGUCCAGAGUGGAGCACCUUCUCUGGGUAUGAAGAAGAGAAAGUCACCACCAAGGAUGGAGAGGCCUGGCAGGAAUGGCCCGCAGCCCUGAGGAGUCAAGAAGAGCCAGCUGCCCCCAGUCCACAGCCCACAGACGCCAGCAGCCUGGAGGAGAUAAGCAGCCCCCGAGGACCCAAGCAGCUCAUAGAACUGGAGGGCCACUCUGGCAGUGCCUUCUCUGGGUGUGAGGAACAUAAAGUCACCACCAAGGCUGGAGGGGCCUGGCAGGAACAGCCCGCAGCCCAGAGAGGGAGUCAAGGAGAGCCAGCUGCCCCCAGACUGCAGCCCGCAGCAGACGCCAGUGGCUCAGAGGAGCCAAGCAGCCCCCAAGGAUCCGAGCAGCUAAUUGAACUGGAGGGCCACUCCGGCAGCAAAGGCAUCCUCUCCGUGAAGGAGUGCACAGAUACCAGCGAGGUCACAUCUGGGAAGCCGUCGUCCUCACACUGCAGUGGCGUCAGCGGCCGAGAGGACGUGUUUGACACAGUGGAGAAGCCCCCACACGACAGCACUGCCUACUCUGAGAGAACAACUGGAAGGCUCUGUACGUACUGCAGCUGUGAGAUUCGAGACUGUCCAAAGAUCACCCUGGAACAUCUUGGCAUCUGCUGCCACGAAUAUUGCUUUAAGUGUGGGAUUUGCGGUAAACCGAUGGGUGACCUCCUGGAUCAGAUCUUCAUUCACCGGGACACUGUCCACUGUGGGAAAUGCUAUGAGAAGCUUUUCUAGACUGAGAAGACACUGAGAACACCCGGAUGAGUCUGGCUGCACCCAGCUGCCCCUCACCUCCUCUCUCCCUGUUUGAUUUCGUCAUGCUUUUGCUCUUUCCAAGUUGAACUUGCUUACAUUCAGUAGCAUAUCUUGAUGCUGCUAUGGUAGUUACUUAAGUGUGUAGCUUUUGGUAGCUUACAAAGCACUUCACAUCCAUGAUCUUAUUUCAGGCUCCAUAAAGGAGGAUUGAACAAGAACUCCCAUCUUGGCUUCCUAAAUAGUUGCGGGGGCCUGGUACGUUAGGUGUGGGCAGGAGCAUGGAACUCACCAUGUCCUGGCCUCGGCAACCACUGAGAGCGACUGAGUGCACAUGGCAUCCUGGUCUGCAGCUCUGAGUGGGCUUUGGGGACUUGAAAGCAGAAGGAGAUGCCUGAGGCUUCCAGGGGGCCAACGGGAAAGCUGCUGGCAGUCCCUGGGGGCAAGGUGCAGACAGAAUACCUAGCUCACCCAUUCGCCAUCCACUUUGAAAGUAGCAGGUCUUAACGCCUCCUUCCUCCCAUCCUCUAUCGACUGUGCGAGCUCUCCAUGCAGGGACGUGGGCCUGGGUUGGGAGUGUGCACCAUCAGGUCUCAGCUCUGCAGUAUGUGGCCUCAGGAGGCUCCUGACCAAAGACAGGUGUCCACGCGACUCUUGAUGGCUGAGGAAUGCCUUUGUCCCUCAUUCCUCAUCCCCGAGCUUUACACAAAAUGCCCCAAGUAGGCUUUCAGGUGUAUAGACUCCAGUAGGAUUAAGAAAGGAGAAAAGCAACUCACAUCUCUUGAGACCUGACACCAUAGCAGGCAUUUUCACAGAAUGAUGGCAGAAAUCCCCAUAACAAUCCUGUGAAGAGGGUAGCAUGGUCCCAUUUUACAGAUGAGGCACAGAGAGGUGGGUACUGCAUUGUCCUGUGCAGAUCCGUAUCUGCCUCUCUCCAGAGCCCACGCUGAUCUCAUGCUGAGGCUGUGCCAGGCACUGUGUGGAGGUGACCUAGGUCCCAGCAGGGGAUACGCCUGCAGGGAGGGGAAGGUGUGAUGUGGUGCUCCUUCUCCCGGGGCCCCCUGGAAUGCCCCCUAAGCGCUGCAAGGGCCAGAUUGCUCCUUCCCUCUUCUCCCCUUCCCAUGCUGGGAGUGGAUUUGACUCACAGCCCUCCCCAAAGAGGAGUCUGUUAAAGAGGAGUCCCCUGGGGGCUGGCCCAUCCAGGCAGAGGGACUGGACUGGCUGCCAGUAGGCCCCGCAUGGCUUUGUAAACUCCUGCAAGGAAGAGCAAGCUUAGAGGUUUUCUGAGGAAAAACAAGGGCCUCUUCUAUUGAUUUCAUUACAAAGACCCCUUGUCUCUCCUGUUUCUGAGCCCCAUGUACACUGGCUUGUGGACAGAGGGGGCGCUCCAUGUGUCUGUGUAGCUGUGCAUCACAGUGACUGGAGGGAAACAGGUAGUAAACAUGCCACACAGCGGCACUGAACAUGGCCUGGCCUUCGAUGAGUCUAGCUCCCAGCAUGGGGCUUGGCACGUGGGAAGUGCUAGGCCACCUGUGCGGAAUGCAUGAGGGAAGGAUCGGGAAGGUGCUCCUUUGGGUAGGGAGGUGCCAGUCUGAGUCGCAGCGCAGGCCCAGCUGAUGGACAAGGAGGCCCAAGAGAGGCGGGCCGCCCCGUCUUCAGGGGUGUCUUAGGACCAGCAUGCAGGAGAUUGAGAGAAAGCUUGCACAUCAAUGUUGAUUUUGAGCCCAAACAGACGCACACAUGUCUCUAAAGGCCCGGAAUUCUGCAGACUUCAGGAAGCGGGCUGGGUGUCUUACAUUUUUGCUUCCUUUUCAUUGCCUAGUGUUUCUAAUCAGAUUUGCUUAACCCACCUUAACGUACACAAGUGUAAUAAAUGUUAAGAUAUUAUGUGUCCGUGUUAAGGUUUCGUUUUUUUAAGUGUAAUAGUUUGGGGUAUUGGGCUGUGUUGUGUGAUUUCUUCUAUUACCUGAAACUGUUGUCAACAAAAGCAAAUAAAUACUUGAAGUAUUAAAUUGAGAAAGAAAAUGGCAAGGUCUAGAAACUAUGCAUGCAUAGGAAAUGUGAAAUUCUAGACUCUUAAAAUAUUUUUUGGUGUGGUAAAAUAUAUGUAACAAAAUUAGCCAUUAUUACAUAAAAUUUGCCAUUUACACAGAGUAUACAACUCAGCGACAUU